ACUUUUAACCCAACAGUAUUGCGGGCACUUCGUAUCGCUUGUGAAUGUCAGUGAAAACUAGCUGUGAGUAUGGUUCAGCUAAAUACUACGCCCUUUGCGGCCUUGGUGGCGUUCUCAGUUGUGGCAUCACACACACGGGAGUAGUGCCUCUGGAUCUGGUGAAAUGCCGUAUACAAGUUGACCGAGCAAAAUACAAAAGCAUAACGAACGGGUUCAAGACCACUAUUGCAGAGGAGGGCAUUAGAGGUUUAGGAAAAGGCUGGGCACCAACUUUUAUUGGAUAUUCUCUACAAGGGUUGGGAAAGUUCGGUUUUUACGAAGUUUUUAAGCAUGUUUACAAUGGUUUUCUGUCAGAGGAAAAUGCGUAUUUGUGGAGAACAUCCGUGUACCUUGCUGCUAGUGCCAGUGCGGAGUUUUUCGCUGACAUAAUGCUGUGCCCUAUGGAGGCUGUAAAAGUGCGUAUUCAAACAAUGCCUGGUUGGGCGAACACUCUACGGGAAGGUGUACCGAAAAUGUACAAAAACGAAGGCUUAGUUGGAUUCUAUAAAGGUCUUCCUCCGCUCUGGUGUCGUCAGAUUCCAUAUACUAUGAUGAAAUUUGCCUGUUUUGAACGUACUGUCGAGGCAAUCUACAAGUAUGUUGUACCCAAACCGCGUGAACAGUGUACAAAAGGUGAACAGUUAGUUGUAACUUUUGCUGCCGGUUACAUCGCUGGUGUGUUCUGCGCCGUUGUAUCUCAUCCUCCUGACACAAUUGUUUCCAAACUGAACAAGGAUCCGAACGCUCGCUUGUUUGAAGUGGCUACGAAUUUGGGUUUUCGUGGAAUGUGGAGUGGACUUGGACCUCGUAUAAUCAUGAUUGGAACACUAACGGCGCUACAAUGGUUCAUUUACGAUGGAUUCAAGGUAGCAAUGCAGUUACCGCGCCCGCCACCCCCGUCUAUGCCAGAGUCGUUAAAGAAAAAGUUGGAAAGUCAGAUGGGCUAAACUAGCCCACCACAUGUACACAGUUCGUAUUCUAUUCUAGCGGAUCUCAGUUAGAGUUCUGGUUAUCCUAGUUAUCUUCAUAUCACAGACAUAGCUAAUAGAUUUAAAACUUUUGAACCAAGAAGGGUAUCUAAAUAAAUCUGUUGAUC